AACCCAGCCAAUAUAGCAACGCCAUUGUUGAAAAAUGGCUGACCCAUACUGUCGUGCAGAAAACGGGUUGCGAAAAUAUGUUUUUUCCAUCUUGAAAGCAUAAAAGCUGCGGAUAUUUCCAGGUUUACUGAAUGACAAGUCUAAAAGCACAAUGGGAGAGAUCACUGUGGUAGACGACAAGCAAAUCUUACAAAAUGUAUUUUAUCAAUAUGAAACCGAGUGCAAAGGAGAGCUAACUCCAAUCCAGGUCCAGACACUUCAUAGUGACAUGAGAAUAGGUGGCCUCAGUUUUGAGCAGGUAACUGCAGCCAUCCAAUACACUUGUGUGGAGCAUGUGUGCACAAUGUCAGAGCUCAAAGACUUGCUUCAGGAGAUGGACCGACGCUAUUUCCUUCUUCAGGAUUUGCGCUGGGAAUUCUCUGUGCUUGACAGGGAGGGCAAGGACACCAUCACAAUAGAGCAGGCUAGAUGGCUUACACAAGCUGUACAUGGCAAGUAUUUUUCAAGGCGUAAGUGGGAUCAUUUCCUGAAAAGUCGACCAGUUCCUGAAAGCAGAAUAGGAUUUGCAGAAAUUGAAGUAUUGCUUUGUGAGCUGCCCAGCAGAGCAUCCCUAGAGGAGGAAGAAAGAUUGCAGCAGCAAGAAGAGAAAGAAAAACUCUGGAGAAAAAUUGAAUUUGAGGAAGCUCUAAAACAAGAGAGGGAAAACAUGAAGAAAGAAAAGGAACUAGAAAAAAAGAAGAAGAUAAAGGCCAAGGAAGACAAAGAAGAAGAAAGAAGAAGAGAGGAAGAGCAACGCACAAGGCUUGAGGAAGAAAAACUACGAAUUGAACAAGAAAAGAAGAAAGGAGAAAAAGAGAAGGACAACAAUCUGGACAUAUUAAGAGAGGAAGCUGAGAAGGCAGAAAAAGAAGCCAGUGACAGACUGCAAGACGUAACAAGACGAAAGAGAGGAGCUAGUGACAAAGAGAGAAGAGAAUUGGAGGAUGAAGAGAAGAGACUUCAUAAAGUUGCCAAAGAAAACAAACACAAGCGUAUUCGCAUCCAGCUCAAAGUGGCUAUCAAGUCACAGGAAAAGUUCCAGCUCGAGUACUCCAUUAAAGAGUUUCAAAAAGCUGAACUGUCAGAUGAUGACAUGGACUUAGAAAAAGCUGUGCAACUCUUGCGGAAAAUUUCUGCUAAAGAUGGUCUACACCAGGCAAUGAACAAGCGGGAAAUCACAGAGCUAGAGAGAGCCAUGGCCUUUGUCCGGGAACAUGGAUACCAUGCAGACCUUGAAAAAGAAAUGGCAAGUGCUGGUCAUCUUCUAGGCCGGUUGAAACGAUUAGAACGCAUCAGGCAUGAAAUCUUGGAGCUGAAACAGUCAACUGUGGCUGAGAUCAGAAGCUACACUAAUCCUCCACCAGUGGUGCACAGCGUGAUGACAGCAGUCUUCCUUCUCUUGGGUCACAAGGAGAAGGAGACAAAGGACUGGAAAGCUGUGCAGGCUCUGGUGGGAAAAACUGGAAAGGAGAGUCUGAAGCGCCGGUGUCUGGAGCUGAAGAGUGACUCUCUCACUGACAAUAUCGUGCAGCGUGCUAAGGCACUGCUGGAAAAGUUUGCACUUGAUGAAGUUCGUGACAUUUCAGCUGGUGCAGCAACUUUCUAUGUGUGGGCAACAGCCACCAUUGAAGAUUUUCUGGACAGAGGAGACAAGGGAGAGAGCACUCCUGAAGUGUGAUCCCAGCAGACACAACUGCAUGGUGACUGCAGCUGAUCCCGACGUAUAUAUGACAACAACUGUGGUUGUUUUGUCAGUAUGUAUAUCAGAGAGAAAAUAUAAGAAGGAACAA